CCUGUCCCUCCUGAGUCGGGAUCUAUUCACGCAGGAUGAAGGCUGAGGCUCUGCUGCGGGGGCUGCUGUGGGUGUACGCGGUGCUGGAGGAGGCCCGCAGGGUGUACGCGGUGCUGGAGGAGGCCCGAAGGGUGGUCGGCGUCCGGCAUACGGUGCAUUGGAACAGCACCAACCCCAGGUUCCUGAGAGAGGAUUAUACCGUCCGCGUGGCGAUGAAUGACUAUCUGGAUAUUUUUUGCCCCCAUUACGACUCCCGCGUCCCGGCUGAGCACACGGAGGCCUUUGUCCUGUACAUGGUGGAUCGGGAAGGGUAUGAGGGCUGUUACGAGACCCCCGGAGCCGUCAAACGCUGGGAGUGUAACCGGCCGCAUGCCCCGUUUGGCCCCAUCAAGUUCUCUGAGAAGAUCCAGAGGUUCACCCCGUUCUCCCUGGGGAUCGAGUUCCGGCCGGGAGUGGAUUAUUAUUAUAUAUCCAUUCCAGAUGCAGACAGCGUUGGCGAGUGCCUGAAACUCCGACUGUCGGUUUGCUGCCGUCCCACCACUGUAAGACCGUUCACAGAGCUGCCGAAGUCUCAGCCCCGCGGCGGGGCACCGGCGGGAGGAGGGGACCGGCGACUAAGCGGGGCAGAUGAAAGAAAGCCAGUGGGCAGCUCGUCCUUCAGAGUCCAUGUAUCCCAGCUCCUCAUCACACUCUGCCUCUUUCUCCUCCUCUGGAACUGAACCAAUCUGCUUCAGAACCGGCCAAAGCUCCUCGUGGGCCGGUCCGCCUGUUGCACAGACUUCAUUUUAAAGGGUUUUGUCUAUAAAUAUGUCUAUUUUUUCAAGCGCUGGAGAUUAAUACAGCUGUAGCACUUUAUCUUGGAGAAGAAAGCAUGGAGCACCGGAACAAAUCCACCUUGUGCCUUAAACUUUAAUGCUGCCUUAUCCAGAACCCGAAGCGCAAGGCCCGGGCCUCCCAUCUCUUGCUGCGGGACUGAUUUUUGGGCCGACAUCUGCAGCGCCGUGACUUACAUAUAUAUUAUAUACAUUAUGGGUUCUGGGAGCU